AUGGGUAACGCAAAUUCCGCCAUGUUGGAAAACAUCGUCCAGGGAUCAAAUUUCGAUCGAGACGAAGUGGACAGGCUUCGCAAGCGCUUCAUGAAACUAGAUAAGGACAACUCCGGCACAAUCGAACGAGACGAGUUCCUUUCGCUACCUCAAGUAUCUUCGAACCCGCUAGCCACUCGAAUGAUUGCAAUUUUCGAUGAAGACGGAGGUGGCGAUGUCGACUUCCAGGAGUUCGUGACAGGGCUCAGCGCAUUCAGCUCAAAAGGAAAUAAGGAGGAGAAAUUGCGAUUUGCAUUUAAGGUAUACGACAUCGACAGGGACGGCUACAUCAGCAAUGGCGAGCUGUUCAUCGUCCUCAAGAUGAUGGUCGGCAGCAAUCUGAAGGACCAGCAGCUACAGCAGAUUGUUGACAAGACCAUCAUGGAGGCAGAUCUCGACCAUGAUGGCAAGAUAAGCUUCGAGGAGUUCACGAAGAUGGUUGAGAACACUGACGUUUCUAUGAGCAUGACCCUAGGUAUGCCAUUGACUGUUUUGACCACAUUUGAUUCCCUCGCUAAUUUCUUGCAGACCAAUUCUAAACGAAAAUGA